AUGCUCACCACUGGUUCGGUGGCAUCCACCACAACUCCUGCUAAGGUCAACAAAACGAAGGCACGGUCUUUCGAGUCAGCAACUCCCAAGUCUGAGCGACCACCUGAGCAAACCAUGGCCUCCAUCUUUGACCUCAUCACCGUGAAGGCCAUCUCUCCACUUGCUCAUAACCUCUCAGAUGAAGACUCAGCCAACAAACAAAGUGAUUCUGCCAUGGUUGACGGCUACACUCAGUCAGACGAUACUCAUGGACAAUGGCAGGGCAUCAUCUCUGUUACAUGCAAGAAGCCAGAUGAUGCAGCUCAGAAAGCUGCAGCCAAGGCAUGCCAGGGAACCAACCACAGCCAACAGCGGAAGGCUGUGGAGUGUGCAAGGAAUGAGGACCUUCCUUGCUCUGAGUGCGAGUGGCAGCUCAUCUUUGUGCCAACAUUGUUUGAGCAUCUAGGUCGGCUUGCAAACCCAUGGGAUGUUCAGGAGGCAAGCAAUCUUGCGGUUUUACAGAAGACUUGGGACAAUUGCUUUCCCAACAAGCCCCAUAAAGCCAAGCACAAGUGCUAUGUAUGGCGCACUGCCAUCAGAAGAAACACAAUUGCUGCGGUUGACAAGACCUUUCAUGGUUGUAUCAUGCCACAUGAAGAGCAGAUGAAGUAUGCAGAUGCAGAGCUUGAGGAGGAUCCCAAAGCUGACAGGGCUCUGCGGACCACACCAUUCCUCUGGCAUGAAGUCCGGAAGAAUCCUGAUGGGAGUGUUAAGAUCUUCAUGUGUCUACUUUCAGGGAGCACUGCUCUAGCAGUCAUUGCACCUCUUGCAAACCAAUUGAAGGUGGAACAUGCGUGGAAACUCUAUGCAAGCGGUGAUCUGCCAGAAGAUCCCCUUGCAAAGAAAACCUGGGCAAAGAUCCUCACCUCAGCUGAAGAGAUCAUGGCAAUGCUCCCCGGUGCAAAGGCAGUGGACGUCAUGGACAUUGCUCUGCCUGAGGAGAUUGCAGAGAAGAAGGCAAAGAUCACCCAGCCAGCAAUGAGCACAGCGUCUUGA